GAGCCACCAAAUAGCCAACGUAGUUCACCUUCACUUGCUCUCUUUACUCCGAAGAAUCUGGCAGAGGGAAACCAUGGCGCCUGGUGGCUCCCUCGAGGAUAUUAAGAACGAGACUGUUGAUUUGGAGAAAAUCCCAAUUGAAGAAGUGUUCCAGGAGUUGAAAUGCAGCAGAGAAGGAUUAUCUGGAGCAGAAGGAGAAAACAGACUCCAGAUCUUUGGCCCCAACAAACUCGAGGAGAAGAAGGAAAGCAAGAUACUUAAGUUCUUGGGUUUUAUGUGGAACCCUCUCUCAUGGGUCAUGGAAGCAGCUGCGAUCAUGGCCAUAGCGUUGGCUAACGGCGACGGAAGACCCCCGGACUGGCAAGACUUUGUCGGAAUCGUUUGUCUUUUGGUUAUCAACUCAACAAUCAGUUUCAUCGAAGAAAACAACCGCCGGAACGCAGCUGCUGCUCUAAUGGCUGGUCUUGCUCCCAAAACAAAAGUUCUAAGAGAUGGCAAAUGGAGCGAGCAAGAAGCUUCAAUCCUCGUUCCCGGAGAUAUCGUAAGCAUAAAGCUCGGUGACAUCAUUCCCGCCGAUGCACGUCUUCUCGAAGGAGACGCUUUAAAAGUCGACCAAUCCGCUUUAACCGGAGAAUCUCUCCCGGCGACAAAAGGUCCCGGAGAAGAAGUUUUCUCCGGUUCUACUUGCAAGCAAGGUGAGAUUGAAGCUGUUGUAAUCGCCACCGGAGUACAUACCUUCUUCGGCAAGGCAGCUCAUCUUGUGGACAGCACAAACCAAGUCGGACACUUUCAGAAAGUCCUUACAGCUAUUGGAAACUUCUGCAUAUGUUCCAUUGCGGUUGGUAUUUUGAUCGAGCUCUUGGUCAUGUACCCGAUUCAGAGGAGAAAAUACAGAGACGGUAUCGAUAAUCUUCUUGUGCUUUUGAUUGGUGGUAUCCCCAUUGCGAUGCCUACUGUGCUCUCUGUGACGAUGGCUAUUGGUUCACACAAGUUGUCUCAACAAGGAGCUAUCACGAAAAGGAUGACUGCCAUUGAAGAGAUGGCUGGUAUGGAUGUUCUGUGCAGUGAUAAAACCGGGACUCUGACACUUAACAAGCUUAGUGUUGACAAGAAUCUCAUUGAGGUUUGUGCUAGAGGCGUUGAGAAAGACGAGGUUUUGCUUUUCGCUGCUAGAGCUUCGAGGGUAGAGAAUCAAGAUGCUAUUGAUGCUGCUAUGGUUGGAAUGCUUGCUGAUCCUAAAGAGGCAAGAGCUGGUAUUAGAGAGAUUCACUUCUUUCCAUUCAAUCCAGUCGACAAGAGAACUGCACUAACUUACAUCGAUGGUGACGGAAACUGGCAUCGAGUAAGCAAAGGAGCUCCCGAGCAGAUUCUUGAUCUCUGCAACGCAAGAGCUGAUCUGAGGAAGAGAGUCCACACCGCAAUUGAAAAGUACGCAGAGCGUGGACUCAGGUCAUUAGCUGUUGCAAGACAGACUGUAUCUGAGAAAACAAAAGAAAGCUUGGGUGAUCCAUGGGAAUUUGUUGGUGUGUUACCUUUGUUUGAUCCUCCAAGACAUGAUAGUGCAGAAACCAUUAGAAGAGCUCUAGACCUCGGUGUCAACGUCAAGAUGAUUACCGGUGAUCAGCUUGCUAUUGCCAAAGAGACUGGACGUAGACUCGGGAUGGGAUCAAACAUGUAUCCAUCUGCUUCUCUACUUGGUAAUCACAAAGACGAGAACCUAGCUGCAAUUCCUGUUGAUGAGCUGAUUGAGAAAGCUGAUGGCUUUGCUGGAGUCUUCCCAGAGCACAAGUACGAGAUCGUGAAGAAGCUGCAAGAAUUGAAGCAUAUUUGUGGAAUGACUGGUGAUGGUGUGAAUGAUGCUCCUGCUUUGAAGAAAGCUGAUAUUGGUAUCGCUGUUGCUGAUGCUACAGACGCUGCACGAGGCGCUUCUGAUAUUGUUCUCACUGAGCCUGGUCUCAGUGUUAUCAUCAGUGCCGUUUUAACCAGCCGUUGUAUUUUCCAAAGAAUGAAGAACUACACAAUUUAUGCAGUCUCAAUCACCAUUCGUAUUGUGUUUGGGUUCAUGUUCAUUGCUCUAAUAUGGAAGUUCGACUUUUCUCCAUUCAUGGUUUUGAUCAUUGCUAUCUUAAACGAUGGAACAAUCAUGACUAUCUCAAAGGACAGAGUCGUGCCUUCUCCUACACCAGAUAGCUGGAAACUCAAAGAAAUCUUCGCAACAGGCAUUGUCCUUGGAGGCUACAUGGCUUUAAUGACCGUAGUUUUCUUCUGGGCUGCUUACACAACCGACUUCUUCCCGAGAACUUUCCACGUGAGAGACUUGAGAGGCAGUGAACAUGAAAUGAUGUCUGCUUUGUACUUGCAAGUCAGUAUUGUGAGCCAAGCUCUUAUCUUCGUCACUCGAUCUAGAAGCUGGUCUUUUGUAGAACGACCUGGAUGGUACUUGAUGAUCGCUUUCUGGUUAGCACAACUGGUUGCAACGGGUAUUGCGGUUUUCGCAAAUUGGGAAUUUGCGAGAAUCAAAGGAAUAGGAUUGGGAUGGGCUGGACUUAUCUGGCUUUACAGUUUUGUGUUUUACCUUCCAUUAGACGUAUUGAAAUUCGCAACACGUUACAUACUAGCUGGAACCGCUUGGAACAAUCUCAUUGACAACAAGACAGCGUUUACGACAAAGCAAAAUUAUGGGAUAGAGGAGAGAGAGGCACAAUGGGCUCACGCACAGAGGACUUUACACGGUCUUCAGAAUACCGAAACUGGUAAUGUUUUCCCAGAGAGAGGCGGCUACAGAGAACUGUCUGAGAUCGCAGAGCAAGCCAAGAGACGAGCAGAGAUUGCAAGGCUUAGGGAGCUUCAUACGCUUAAAGGACAUGUAGAGUCAGUGGUGAAGCUAAAGGGACUUGACAUUGAGACUGCUGGUCACUACACCGUUUAAUAGAAGUUGGACUCAAGUUUUAACCAGAAGAUGAUUAAGGAAGAAAAAGAAGAAGAUCGUUUGUUUAAUAGAUGACAAUGAUGAUAAUGAUUUUAUGAGAGGAGAGGGAAUAAGUUUUUUUUUUUCUUUUUUCUAAUGUUUGUGUUAAAUUCCUCUUACACUUCGGGGUUUUUUUCUUCUUCUUCCUUGAUUUUAGACUUAAUUAUUAUAACUGUGUUUUCAGUUUGCUCUGUGUUGGAGACAAAAGAUAAGUUAUAAUCCUAGGUUUAUACAAUUGGCUUUCAUAAAGUU